AUGGUCCAUGCCAAACUCAGCAAUAAGCUUACCAACGAGGUGAGAUGUGCCACUUAUUGUUACACUGUAGUUACAUAUCUUCACAUAGCCCUGAACAGACAGUCUAAAGAUCAUUUUUGUAACGUUUUUGUAAUGUUCUUUCUCAUCAGCGCCUGUACAAGGAGAAAGGGGUGAAUGACAGGCAUAACUACACAAUGACAUUGGAGAGACCAGAGAUAACACAGGCUAAGAUCAACGCGGCUAACUUCAGCGAGGUAGAUCUGUCUUAGCCUUAGGCCGGGAUACAAUUCAUUGUAUUAGUCCUGUUUAUACCUGGUUAUAACGUGUACUUUGUCCUGAUCUUGUCCACGUUCUGAUUGUGAUUAUUUGCAUAACAAGGAACGCAUGUUAAUGCCAGGUCUAAAUGCAAACAAUGUGCAUUAUGUCUGGUUGUAAGCAGAUUUACCUGGUCACCUCCGGAGGUGGACGAGCUCGCAUUGUGUUCCGAUCUCAGCUCAGUGUAAAUACAACCAUCCAAAAUGUAAUUAAUAACAUCACCGUGCUCAAAGGGUAAUUCAACGUCUGCUUUUACAUUUUUUUUACCCAUCUACCAAUAGGUGCCCCUCUUUGGAAAACCUCCCUGGUCUUUGUGGUUGAAUCUGUGUUUGAAAUUCACUGCUCGACUGAGGGACCUUACAGAUAAUUGUAUGUGUGGGGCACAGAGAUGAGGUAGUCAUUCAAAAAUCAUGUUAGACACUAUUAUUGCACACAGAGUGAGUCCAUGCAACUUAUUAUGUGACUUGUUAAGCAUUUAUUUUACUAAUGAACACAAAGGGGAUGAAUACUUAUUGACUCAAGACAUUUUAGCUUUUCAUUUUAUAUUAAUUUGUAAACAUUUCUAAAAACAUAAUUCCACUUUGAAAUUAUAGUGUUUUCUGUGUAGGCCAGUUUCACAAAAUAGCAAUCAAAUCAAUUUUUUAUUCAAGCUCUAACACAACAAAAUGUGGAAAAAGUCAAGGGGUGUGAAUAUUUUCUGAAAGCACAGUAUUUUUUCCACUCUAUGAGGUUGGAAUAACACUGUGAAAUUGUGAAAAUGAUGAUAAUGCACUUUUUGUGUCAGAGCUGUUUGAAAAGACCACCUGAAAUUUCUGCCUGUUUUGGUGGGAUGGAGUUUUGUCCUUCCAUGGUGACAUUACCAUGCCGUAAAUUAGUUAAUAGACCAAUAAGAAAGAGAGUUCCAAACCUCUCUGCCAAUAACAGCUAAUUUUCAGUUUUCCCAUCCCCACUCAGACCUCUCCCAGACAGUCCUAGAAAUUGCCCAUUGCUAAGAAGCUAUUUUUGUUUCUUUUUGACCAUGAUAAUUGAAAACAAUCACAGUACGAUACCCAGAAAUGAUUUGAUAUUGUGAUAAAACAGCUGCAUUGGACCUUGAAAGUUUAAUUCCAGGUUGCACAUCAUAAUAUUGAAGGGAAUUUCCGAUGGUCUGCUCUGCCAUACAGUCAUGUCAAGUAUAAGGAUGUCUUAUAAGGUGGGAAUGGGAAAAAAUAAUGGAAAAAUAGCAUCCCAAAACCGUGAGAUGUAGCCUAUAUGUUUAAUUUACUACUUGAUUUGAAUUUACUACUUGAUUUUCCCUUCCCAAUUUGCAUAAAUGGGAAGGGAAAAGUGAGAUCCGCGCACAAUGCGGCCAAGUGCAUGCAUUUUAAUACCAGGUGUAAUUGCAAGUAAAUGCAAGGUUCGGAAUGUAAUCCUAUCACAGCUGUUCGGAUAGGGAUAAUGCAAGGUAUAUAUUACCCUGUAAUCAGGCACGCUUCACCCACUGUGUCUGGAUAUCUUACAAGUGUAUUGUUGACAGAUCUGGAUAGUGAAACCAUUUAAAUCAUCAUUAUCCCACCCUCUAAAAUCAUUGACAGGUGGCACCAUUGACUUAUGGCAUCAAUAUGAGUCUUAAAAUAAAUACAUUCAUAUUCUUUUUGGAAGAAUACAUAAUAAUUUGCUUUCAGGGAGGGACCAGGAAACUAGUCACAAUGUGGACACAGUGGAAAGAUAAGAGACACAUUUUAAUACUACAUGUAGAUGCAUAUCUGAAAAUCAGACAAUCAUAAUCAGAGCAUAGGCAAGAUCAGGACACAGGACCCAUGUCAGUGCUAGGUAUAAACGGGGCUGUAGAGCAGCACGGUAGACAGCUGACAAUGUACCUUUUAACUGCAUUUUCCCUAACGUUCGCAGAGAUCACAUUCUCGGUAAAUGCUGUGCAAGCGUAAAUUGCCUUAAAAAGUAAAGCGUGCCUUGGAUUGAAUCAGCUGGCCUAAGUCUUAGCUGGAGUGUUAAAAAAGUUUUACAACAAUUUUUUUUUUUUUUUUAACCUUUAUUUACACAGGGAAUUCCCAUUGAGACCAAGUCUCUUUUGCAAGGGAACCCUGCUUCACAAAAAAAUGCUGCAAGAAAUACAAGGUAAUUAGUGAUACAAUUACAACAAUAAAGGCGGAAUCAUGAGAAAUACAAAAAGACAAAUAUAAUGAUAAAAAACAUGUACAUUAGCCUGUGAACAGGUAAUUUACUAGAACCCUAAAAUGCCUGAAAGGCACUAGUGCGUCUAAAUCAAAAGGCUGUUUUACCUAAAUCGGCAGCUACAAAAGGAAUUUAAAGAGUUAGCCAUUCCUGUGAGCAAGUAAGGCAUUUCAUAGUUCUGUAGGUUAGGAGCGAUUUAAGGUAAAAUGGUUGUUUCUGCAUGAGAGCUUUGUAAAUGAAUAGAUGGCAAUGUUGCAUUCUCUGUGUUGCCAGUGACGACCAGUCCACAUUCUGAUGCACAGUGAUGUGUGCAAAAUCGGUUACUCGUAAUAAAGCAGAGUGCGCUAUGAUAAACAGCAUCCAGUGGUUUUAAAGAAGUGGAAGCUGGGUUCAUAUAGAUUAUGUUGCCAUAGUCAAGAGCUGACGGGAAAGUUGACUGAACAAAUUUUUUUCCUACUAUCAAGGCACAGUCUAUUUCUGUAGAAGAAGCCCAGGUUAAUUAUCAGUUUCUUCGUUAACUCAUCUAAAUGUGCUUUAAAUUACUACUGGUCAUCGCUCCAAAUGCCAAGGUAUUUACAUGAGGGGACUUGCUCCAUUUAACAUGCAAAUAUGUAAGUCUGUGUAGUCAAAGUUGUGGGCUAGAGGAUAUCAUAUGGGCCUACUUUCUUUUAUUUGCAUUCAGUACCAGUUUAGGGUCAAGAAGUACUUUUUGUAUGAUAUUAAAAGCAAUCUGCAGAUCAGCUAUAGCCUGGUUCACAGAGGAGGCAGAAGAGUACAGCCCAGUGUCAUCAGCAUAAAAGUGUAGCUUACAGUUAUUUACUAAGGAACCAAUAUAAUUGAUAUACAUUUACAUUAACAUUUACGUCAUUUAGCAGACGCUCUUAUCCAGAGCGACUUACAAAUUGGUGCAUUCACCUUAUAGCCAGUGGGAUAACCACUUUACAAUGUGUUUUUUUUUGGUGGGUUGGGGUAAGGAAGGGGUAGAAGGAUUACUUUAUCCUAUCCCAGGUAUUCCUUAAAGAGGUGGGGUUUCAAAUGUCUCCGGAAGGUGGUGAGUGACUCCGCUGUCCUGGCGUCAUGAGGGAGCUUUUUCCACCAUUGGGGUGCGAGAGCAGCGAACAGUUUUGACUGGGCUGAGCGGGAACUAUGCUUCCGCAGAGGAAGGGGAGCCAGCAGGCCAGAGGUGGAUGAACGCAAUGCCCUCGUUUGGGUGUAGGGACUGAUCAGAGCCUGAAGGUACGGAGGUGCCGUUCCCCUCACAGCUCCAUAGGCAAGCACCAUGGUCUUGUAACAGAUGCGAGCUUCAACUGGAAGCCAGUGGAGUGUGCGGAGGAGGGGGGUGACGUGAGAGAACUUGGGAAGGUUGAACACCAGACGGGCUGCGGCAUUCUGGAUGAGUUGUAGGGGUUUAAUGGCACAGGCAGGGAGCCCAGCCAACAGCGAGUUGCAGUAAUCCAGACGGGAGAUGACAAGUGCCUGGAUUAGGACCUGUGCCGCUUCCUGUGUAAGGCAGGGUCGUACUCUCCGAAUGUUGUAGAGCAUGAACCUACAGGAUCGGGUCACCGCCUUGAUGUUAGCGGAGAACGACAGGGUGUUAUCCAGGGUCACGCCAAGGCUCUUCGCACUCUGGGAGGAGGACACAACGGAGUUGUCAACCGUGAUGGCGAGAUCAUGGAACAGGCAGUCCUUCCCCGGGAGGAAGAGCAGCUCCGUCUUGCCAAGGUUCAGCUUGAGGUGGUGAUCCGUCAUCCAUACUGAUAUGUCUGCCAGACAUGCAGAGAUGCGAUUCGCCACCUGGUUAUCAGAAGGGGGAAAGGAGAAGAUUAGUUGUGUGUCGUCAGCGUAGCAAUGAUAGGGGAGGCCAUGUGAGAAUAUGACAGAGCCAAGUGACUUGGUGUAUAGCGAGAAUAGGAGAGGGCCUAGAACUGAGCCCUGGGGGACACCAGUUGUGAGAGCACGUGGUGCGGAGACAGCUUCUCGGCACGCCACUUGGUAGGAGCGACCGGUCAGGUAGGACGCAAUCCAAGAGUGAGCCGCGCUGGAGAUGCCCAGCUCGGAGAGGGUGGAGAGGAGGAUCUGAUGGUUCACAGUAUCAAAGGCAGCAGACAGGUCUAGAAGGACAAGAGCAGAGGAGAGAGAGUUAGCUUUAGCAGUGCGGAGAGCCUCCGUGACACAGAGAAGAGCAGUCUCAGUUGAAUGACCAGUCUUGAAACCUGACUGGUUUGGAUCAAGAAGGUCAUUCUGAGAGAGAUAGCAAGAGAGUUGGCUAAAGACGGCACGCUCAAUAGUUUUGGAGAGAAAAGAAAGAAGGGAUACUGGUCUGUAGUUGUUGACAUCAGAGGGAUCGAAUGUUGGUUUUUUCACACACUAUACUGUGUGAAUAGUACUGGCCCUAACAUAGACCCUUAAGGAACUCCUUUUGUGACUUUGAGGAAUUGCGAGUUGACAUAGUCAGCAAUUGAGAGCUAUCCAUUAGGUCGUUUUUUAACCAAUCACAUGCAUUACUAUCAAGUCCAACAGUGGACAGUCUUUGUAAUAACAAUGAAUGAUCCAUAGAGUCAAAAGCUUUUGGCAGGUUUAUAAACAAGGUAGUACAAUGCUGUUUUUUUAUCACGAGAGCAUACAAUAUCAUUGAUGACAAGGGAUGCAGCUGAGAUGGUACUAUGUCCCUGUGUCAAUCCAGAUUGAUAUGUACUGUAUUUAGGAUACCGUUUUCUGGUAAAGAAGGAGCGACUUUGAGAGUUUAUCAAUGACUAUAGCAUUUUAACCAAACACGAAAGCGUUGAUAUCGGGCGGUUGUGACGAGGAAGAACAUGCACUGUUGUCCAUUCUUUAGGAAUAAUCCCAGAAAUAAGUAUUAAUAAAAAAAUAUGGGCUAUGGGUUUCACAAUAAGGGGGACUGCCAACACUAGAAGACCAGGAUCGAACUGGUCUGCCCGUGGACUUAACAUCUAUAGUAAGCAAAGAAUCAAGCACUUCCUUGUCCGUCAACUAAUUAAAGUAGAACAAGGGAUCCCUAGUGUCUGUUGAGCUGCAUAGAAACACAGGUUAGAGCUAAAUUCUCAAAGAAUGAGAGUAAAAAGCAUCACAUAUUCCUAUUUUGUCAGUGAUGGGGCCAGAAACUGAAAUGAUUUGGGCAGCGAGAUUGAAUUGUUUUCCAAAAUGUAGAUACCACCACUUUCAGAAAGAGAGCCUAGAUAGUAAGUUGAUUUUGACCAACAGCUCAGGCGUUCCUCAUGAUGGGAUCUCCAAUUAACUUUCCAAUGAACAAUUGUAACAUAAGAUAUUAGAUGAUAAAUAAUAUGAAUAACUGAUCCUGUCUACGUCAACGCUUAUGAAGGCUCUGGCAAACAAGGGCCUGGACUUGUUGGUUCUGAUUGUUUGUUUUCCUCUUCAGACCAAGUACAGAGAGUCAUGGCACACUCUAAGGGCUCAGGGCUACAAACUGACCAUGCAGGACAUCCCCUUCCAGGCUGCCAAAACCUCAAUGGACUUAGCCAGCAAUGUGAGUAGUACUCCGUUUAUGAAUGCACUCUUUGAAAGUACAGUAGUUGUAAUAGCCAUUUUUAUAUAAAAUAAAAUGUACUAGAAUUGUGUAAGAAAUAUAAAUGUAUAGAAUAUUAUCUGGAUAAAUAUGUUUAUGGAACCCAUUUAAUUUUGGUUAUUGUACCACCUGCUGGCCAUUUAUGUUACUACCACGUAGAACCAGCUUAUAAGGGGUUAACUGGCAAUAUGACGCCAUUUCCGGGUCUUUUAUUUCAUAUCUCCUUAUCCUUUGGCUGUUUUUGUUGGAUCAUUUUGUACCUUUUUGAGUUUGCGUUUUAUCAUCAUUAUCAUCUUGGAAUUUGUUCAGAUAACCUGGAAACAGUCAAUGCCUUCAUUACCCAAAACUUGAAACUGAGUGACACCAGUCUCAACGUCAACAGUGAAGAGGCGACUCCGGGAUGCUGAUCUUCUAGGCAGAGUUGCAAAGAAAAAGCCAUAUCUCAGACUGGCCAAUAAAAAGAAAAGAUUAAGAUGGGCAAAAGAACACAGACACUGGACUUUUUCUUUGCAACUCUGCCUAGAAGGUCAGCAUCCCGGAGUCGCCUCUUCACUGUUGACAUUGAGACUGGUGUUUUGCGGGUACUAUUUAAUGAAGCUGCCAGUUGAGGACCUGUGAGGCUUCUGUUUCUCAAACUAGACACUCUAAUGUAUUUGUCCUCUUGCUCAGUUGUGCACCGGGGCCUCCCACUCCUCUUUCUAUUCUGGUUAGAGCCAGUUUGCGCUGUUCUGUGAAGGGAGUAGUACACAGCGUUGUAUGAGAUCUUCAGUUUCUUGGCAAUUUCUCGCAUGGAAUAACCUUAAUUUCUCAACAAGAAUAGACUGACGAGUUUCAGAAGAAAGUUUUGAGCCUGUAAUCGAACCCACAAUUGCUGAUGCUCCAGAUACUCAACUAGUCUCAAGAAGGCCAGUUUUAUUGCCUCUUUAAUCAGCACAACAGUUUUCAGCUGUGCUAACAUAAUUGACAAAGGGUUUUCUAGUGAUCAAUUAGCCUUUUAAAAUUAUAAACUUGGAUUAGCAAACACAACGUGCCAUUGGAACACAGGACUGAUGGUUGCUGAUAUGGUUGCUGAUAAUGGGCCUCUGUACGCCUAUGUAGAUAUUCCAUAAAAAAUCAGCCGUUUCCAGCUACAAUAGCCAUUUACAACAUUAACAACGUCUACACUGUAUUUCUGAUCAAUUUGAUGUUAUUUUAAUGGACAAAAAAAUUGAUUUUCUUUCGAAAACAAGGACAUUUCUAAGUGACCCCAAACUUUUGAACGGUAGUGUAUAUACAGCUGUGGAAAAAAUUAAGAGACCACUGCACAUUUUUCUUAAAUCACCAUCUCUACAUGUAUGACAGCCAUUCCAUUCCAGUGACUGUUGAAUUCCAACACAGGCACACCUCAUUCUACUGAAUUAGGUACUGAUUAGGUGAUCACAUGAACCAAAUCUUAUUUAACGAGGAAAAGUAUAAAAACCACUGAUGUGGUCAUCACUAUUAUCUUGCAAUAGGACCAGCUGGAUGGCAAAAACAGUGCUAAUAGUACCUCAAAAGUAAUAUUAAUCAAAAAAUAACUAUUGACCAUGCAAAAAGAGUUGAAAAGGAAAGUUUUGAGUGGGGAAAAGAAGGGUUCAAUUCUGGCUUUACUGGCAGAGGGAUACAGUGAGCGUCAGGUUGCGGUUCAUAAGAAUAAGGUCAUGCAGCAGACAUUGGAGACAACAAAGCUACAGACCAGCAGAGGGUGAAAACGACUCACUACUGACCGGGAUGACCGCCAACUCAUUCGAAUGUCACUCAACAACCGUAGGAUGACUUCAAGUGACCUACAAAAAUAAUGGCAAAACGUCAGCUGGGGUGAAGUGCACGGUGAGGACGGUUCGAAACAGGCUCCUAGGGGCAGGGCUGAAGUCAUGCAAAGCUAGAAAAAAGCCCUUCAUCAAUGAGAAGCAAAGAAGAGCCAGGCUGAGGUUUGCAAAAGACCAUAAGGAUUGGACCGUAGAGGACUGGAGUAAGGUCAUCUUCUCUGAUGAGUCCAAUUUUCAGCUUUGCCCAACACCUGGUCGUCUAAUGGUUAGACGGAGACCUGGAGAGGCCUACAAGCCACAGUGUCUCGCACCCACUGUGAAAUUUGGUGGAGGAUCGGUGAUGAUCUGGGGGUGCUUCAGCAAGGCUGGAAUCGUGCAGAUUUGUCUUUGUGAAGGACGCAUGAAUCAAGCCACGUACAAGGUUGUCCUGGAAGAAAACUUGCUUCUUUUUGCUCUGACAUUGUUCCCCAACUCUGAGGAUUGUUUUUUCCAGCAGGACAAUGCGCCAUGCCACACAGCCAGGUCAAUCAAGGUGUGGAUGUAGGACCACCAGAUCAAGACCCUGUCAUGGCCAGCCCAAUCUCCAGAAUUGAACCCCAUUGAAAACUUCUGGAAUGUGAUCAAGAGGAAGAUGGAUGGUCACAAGCCAUCAAACAAAGCCGAGCUGCUUGAAUAUUUGCGCCAGGAGUGGCAUAAAGUCACCCAACAUCAAUGUGAAAGACUGGUGGAGAGCAUGCCAAGACGCAUGAAAGCUGUGAUUGAAAAUCAGCGUUAUUCCACCAAAUAUUGAUUUCUGAACUCUUCCUAAGUUAAAAUAUUAGUAUUGUGUUGUUUAAAAAUGAACAUGAACUUAUUUUCUUUGCAUUAUUCGAGGUCUGACAACACUGCAUCUUUUUUGUUAUUUUGACCAGUUGUCAUUUUCUGCAAAUAAAUGCUCUAAAUGACAAUAUUUUUAUUUGGAAUUUGGGGGAAAUGUUGUCAGUAGUUUAUAGAAUGAAACAAAAAUGUUAUUUUUACCCAAACACAUACCUAUAAAUAGUAAAACCAGAGAAACUGAUAAUUUUGCAGUGGUCUCUUAAUUCUUUCCGCAGCUUUAUAUACAAAUACAUACAUACACACAUAUACAGUGGGGAAAAAAAGUAUUUAGUCAGCCACCAAUUGUGCAAGUUCUCCCACUUAAAAAGAUGAGAGAGGCCUGUAAUUUUUAUCAUAGGUACACGUCAACUAUGACAGACAAAUUGAGAAUUUUUUUUCCAGAACAUCACAUUGUAAUGAAUUUUUAAUGAAUUUAUUUGCAAAUUAUGGUGGAAAAUAAGUAUUUGGUCACCUACAAACAAGCAAGAUUUCUGGCUCUCACAGACCUGUAACUUUUUCUUUAAGAGGCUCCUCUGUCCUCCACUCGUUACCUGUAUUAAUGGCACCUGUUUGAACUUGUUAUCAGUAUAAAAGACACCUGUCCACAACCUCAAACAGUCACACUCCAAACUCCACUAUGGCCAGCUCAGCUGGUAGAGCACGGCGCUUGUAACGCCAAGGUAGUGGGUUCGAUCCCCGGGACCACCCAUACACACAAAAAAAAUGUAUGCACGCAUGACUGUAAGUCGCUUUGGAUAAAAGCGUCUGCUAAAUGGCAUAUUAUUAUUAUUAUUAUAAAGGACACCAGAAACAAAAUUGUAGACCUGCACCAGGCUGUGAAGACUGAAUCUGCAAUAGGUAAGCAGCUUGGUUUGAAGAAAUCAACUGUGGGAGCAAUUAUUAGGAAAUGGAAGACAUACAAGACCACUGAUAAUCUCCCUCGAUCUGGGGCUCCACGCAAGAUCUCACCCCGUGGGGUCAAAAUGAUCACAAGAACGGUGAGCAAAAAUCCCAGAACCACACGGGGGGACCUAGUGAAUGACCUGCAGAGAGCUGGGACCAAAGUAACAAAGCCUACCAUCAGUAACACACUACGCCGCCAGGGACUCAAAUCCUGCAGUGCCAGACGUGUCCCCCUGCUUAAGCCAGUACAUGUCCAGGCCCGUCUGACGUUUGCAUUUGGAUGAUCCAGAAGAGGAUUGGGAGAAUGUCAUAUGGUCAGAUGAAACCAAAAUAGAACUUUUUGGUAAAAACUCAACUCGUUGUGCUUUGAGGACAAAGAAUGCUGAGUUGCAUCCAAAGAACACCAUACCUACUGUGAAGCAUGGGGGUGGAAACAUCAUGCUUUGGGGCUGUUUUUCUGCAAAGGGACCAGGACGACAGAUCCGUGUAAAGGAAAGAAUGAAUGGGGCCAUGUAUCGUGAGAUUUUGAGUGAAAACCUCCUUCCAUCAGCAAGGGGAUUGAAGAUGAAACGUGGCUGGGUCUUUCAGCAUGACAAUGAUCCCAAACACACCGCCCGGGCAACGAAGGAGUGGCUUCGUAAGAAGCAUUUCAAGGUCCUGGAGUGGCCUAGCCAGUCUCCAGAUCUCAACCCCAUAGAAAAUCUUUAGAGGGAGUUGAAAGUACAUGUUGCCCAGCGACAGCCCCAAAACAUCACUGCUCUAGAGGAGAUCUGCAUGGAGGAAUGGGCCAAAAUACCAGCAACAGUGUGUGAAAACCUUGUGAAGACUUACAGAAAACGUUGCCAACAAAGGGUAUAUAACAAAGUAUUGAGGAACUUUAGUUAUUGACCAAAUACUUAUUUUCCACCAUAAUUUGCAAAUAAAUUCAUAAAAAAUCCUACAAUGUGAUUUUCUGGAUUUUUUUCUCAUUUUGUCUGUCAUAGUUGACGUUGUACCUAUGAUGAAAUUACAGGUCUCUCUCAUCUUUUUAAGUGGGAGAACUUGCACAAUUCGUGGCUGACUAAAUACUUUUUUUCCCCACUGUAUAUACAUACACAUACAUAUAUACACAGACACACACACACACAUACACAUGUACACACAUACAUACACAUAUUGUCAAAGUGCGACGUGAAUGCGGUAGGCGAAGUCAAACGCAGGACACCGAGCUACUGGAAACGUACUUUACUAAAAACGGAACCAGAGUACAAAACAACCUCCAAACAGGGAGGAGAAUACCCGCACAAUAGCAACUGCCGAAAAUGACAAAAACAAUCACACACAACACACAAUGAAUGACAGAGGGUUAUAUAGGGAAUACAAUACAACAUAAUAGGAAACAGGUGUACACAAUCAAGAAAAAACAAGUCAAACACAGAAACAUAGAUCGGUAGCAGCUAGUACUCCGGGGACGACGAACGCCGAAGCCUGCACGAGCAAGAAGGAGGAGCAGCCUCGGCUGAUUCUGUGACACAAAUAUACACAUAUACAUAUAUAUACACAUACAUACAUAUACACAUACAUAUAAACGCAUAUACAUACAUAUUUCCCUUUAUUACUUUUAAACCCCACCACCCCUUCCCUAAUUGGAGUAAACUAGUGAACAACAACGCUUAGGCCCCUACUUCCAGCUUAUACAUACUAUAUACAUUUUAUGGACACAGUCAAUUUCACAAUAAUUAUAUUUUGCUUGUUUUUACUCCUGAACUUCCUCUACCCUCCACCUCUCCGAUCAUUUUCAUGAUGUCCAUCCGGUUUGCUUCUAUAUGCCAUAUCUCUCCAACUGUGCUCCUUCACAAAAGCUCUCAACCUAUAACCUAUAUACUUAUUAUGGACACAGCCUGCCCUACAUUAGUUAUCUUGCUGUUAUUAGUUGUUGUUAGUUGUUAUUAGUCCCAUCCUUCAGCUCCAUUCAACACCUCCCAUCUAUCUCUUAACACCAUCCAUAUUGGAUUUCUAUUUGCCAUAUAUUUUUCAACUGUACUGUGAUGUUUCACAAAAGUUCUGAACCCUUCUAUUCUCAUUGUUUCUUUAGAUUGUAAAUAAACAUUUUUGUUAAAAGUAUUAUUAUAUUAUUGAUCGAUUGAAUAUAACUUUUCAGAUCACCCAGAUAACUGAACUUUGUGAGUAAUAAAUAUGUUAAUAAUUGCAAUCAAGAAAUCUCAUUAAUUGGAAAUGAGUUGUAACCCUUACCUGUAUUUUGGUGUCUAAUAGAAAUGGCGAAUUAGAAAAUUAGAACAGAACCCAUAACAACGGUAGAAUUAGGUUCCAAAUCUGCUCUUGAAAACUAAAUGUUAGUCUAAAAGAAAUGUGAGAUAAUGUCUAGAUGCUUUUUAUUGUGGAGAUCAAGUUUAUAAAUUGCCUGGCUGGGCUGAUGAGUCAGUGGAUUGCGCACUCAGAUGGAACAGAGUAAAUGUGCAUUUUAAAGUCAUAGAUUUAGCCGGUGGUAACUUGUGGAAUAGACACCGGCUGGAAUGUGGUUUUAACCAAUCAGCAUUCAGGAUUAAACCCACCCGUUGUAUAAUAGACACUAAAAUACAGGUAGGGUUCCAACUCAUUUCCAAUUAAUGCAUAUCUUCCAAUAAAACAACUUGAGAUUUCUUGAUUUUAAUUAUUCACAUGUAUUACUCACAAGGUCCAGUUGUUCCAAGGUUUGGGUAAUGAACGCAUGGAUUGUUUCCAGGUUAUUUGAACAGAUUCCAGGAUGAUAAUGGCAAAAAGGAAACUCAAAAACAGCCAAAUUAUCCAACAAAAACAGUAAAUGAAAGGAUAAGGUAAGAUAUGAAAUAAAAGGAACCUUAGCUAGGAACUUUAGCCACUACAGUAGUACCUAUUUGCAUGUAAGACACACUGAGUAUACAAAACAUUAAGAACACCUGCUCUUCCCAUGACAUAGACUGACCAGGUGAAUCCAGGUGAAAGCUAUGAACCCUUAUUGAUGUCACUUGUUAAAUCCACUUUGGUCAGUGUAGAUGAAGGGGAGGAGACAGGUUAAAGAAGGAUUUUUCCAGUUUCCCGUACGUAUCAAGAAUGGUCCACCACCCAAACGACAUCCAGCCAACUUGACACAACUGUGGGAAGCAUUGGAGUCAACAUGGGCCAGCAUCCCUGUGGAACACUUUUGACACCUUGUUGAGUCCAUGCCCAGACGAAUUGAGGCUUUCUGAGUGCAAAAGUUAUCAGAUUAAGAAAUCACAGGUUCACUGUGCGCUCCCCAUGAAGGCUGCAGUUCCAGUCCCCCAGCACGAAGGUCAAAAACCUUCCUUAUUGAUCACAACAACACAAUGGGGGGGGGGGGGAAUAGAAGAAAAAAAAGAGUUUUAACAAAAUCAAAUAAUGAAAUGUAUAUAAUAAAGUCACCAAUGCAUGACAGUAAAUUUGAUCAAGUCAAUUAUAAGAUACACAUAUUGCCUGUUCACUCCUCUCUUUCCCUUCUACCAACCUAGGUCCAAUACAAGCACAACCACCUGCUGGAUAAGGGCAAGCACAUCGGCGCACGCAGCAUCCUGGAUGACCCGCGCAUGCUACACUGCAUGCAGAUGGGCCGGCUGACGAGUGAGCAGGGGUACCGCAAAGACGCACUUUCCAACAGCGGCCAGUACCACCUCAAUCCAGAUAUGAUCAAUUUAGUUACAGCCAAGAAUGCUCAGGCUCUGGCCAGCGAUCAGGACUACAAGAAGAGGCUCCAUGCGUAUACUGUCCUACCUGACGAUAUGAAAGUCCAAUGGGCCAAGAAGGCCUACAACCUGCAGAGCGAGGUGAGACAGCAAGGAGAAGAGAGGAGGUGGGAGGGUGGAAGAGGAGAGUGGAGAGUGAAGGGGAGAGGGAGAACAUGAUUAAGGGAAAUAUACUAUUAAGUAUUAGGAAAUUGGAGCAGGGGCUUUCCCCUCAAAUUAAUUUAACAAAUCAUGUCCCAGUGUGCAACAUUGUUUAGAAUAGAAUCGAAUAGAAUCAUUUUUACCAUUGUACAUUUUCAAAAUAAUUGAAGAGAUCUCAACCAUAGUCUUCCUCAGGAAAUGCAAAGAAAAAUAUUCAAAUAAAAGUUUCAGUAAAUAUGAGGGUAUAAAUAGCAACCCCCUCUCCGCGUCUGUCUUCUAGAAACUGUACAAGUCGGAUCUGAACUUCAUGAAGGGCGUGGCCUGGGAUGGUGUUGGGGCGCCUCAAAUGGUUUCUGCGAAGAAAGCCGGAGAGCUCACCAGUGAUGUAAGUACACAACUAGCGGCCAUGUUACCUGAGAAAUUAGAUUAGAAUAACAUAAUGUAACAGCUUUAGAGUGUGUGUGUGUGUGUGUGUGUGUGUGAGACUUAUCCUUAUGUGAAGUGGUCUUGGUCUUGCAGAAGAAAUAUCGUCAGCUGCCAGACAGUCUGAAGUUCACCCAAGUGGCGGACUCUCCAGACAUUGUUCAUGCUAAGAACAGCUACCUCCAGUGCAGCGAGGUCAGAACUCUUAUUCAUUUUGUUAAAUCGUCAGUGUCUUCAGUUGAGAAGGGCUACUAAAUCUAAUAGAACCUGCUCUUUGAGCAGAGCGGGCUUCAAAUACUAUUUGAAAAUAUUUAAUAUACAGCUGGGCUUGAUUGAGCUUGCCUAGUCACAAAAGACAAACCCCGCCCAUUUGGCACUCCAGGCAGACUAAAGCAAACGCUAAAAGUAUUUGAAAUAUUUCAAAUAGUAUUUGAACCCAUGCCUGUCUGUGACCCCCUUCAAAAGCAAGUUCUGUGUAAUUGUUAUCAAUUAUAUUCUCACCAUGUUACAGAGGCUGUAUAAGUCUGGAGACUCGGACGCCAUGCACAAAUAUACCUUACAUGCCGAUGACCCUGACUUCAUCAGAGCAAGGAUCAACGCGCAGCAAAUUAGCAAUGUAAGAGACAAACUAUGCUUUUAUUUUCUCUAAAGCCCUGUAGACACUCAGUUUGUACAACUGAUGUACAACAAAGACAACUGUUUUGAUACAACGGAGAGUUUGUCUACACAAAAGUGUAUAGACAACAGUUGCCGAAACACCACACAAUCGUUGUGCAAAAACGCUCCAUUGUAUCACAAAGAUAUCAGUUGCAUCACAACCUUGUGUCAAAUGUGUUGUACAUCAGUUGUCAACCUGAGUGUAUACAGUGCCUGACAAUGUCAAACAAAGAAUUAGAUCCAUUAUAUCCAAGACAAAUCCAAACACUGUCAAGACUCAACAUAUGCAAGCAUAUCGAGAUUGACCACACAGUGGUGCAUGUUUAUAUCUCAUAAAUGCAUAUAAAUCAGUCACGGAUUUUUGUAUUGUAACAAAACUUGAAGAAAACAUAUUCAAGCACAUUCAAAUUCAGAUGCAAAUUCCAGUGAGAUGAAAAGGCCUAGAAGGGUACAACCUGGCAUAAUGGUAAAGGGCCAACGGCCACACCCUCUCAUAAAAUGCCAUGCCAAUUGGCCACAUUGUGGCGCUAUAACAAGCGAUUGAAAAUGCAAAAUUUGAAAGGUCACGCCCCAAACAAAAAAACUGGUACAUAGGUUCCUCUCCUCACACUGUGGCACUGUAAUGGGCAUAUGUUUAUAUCUCUUGAUCUGUUAGACUCAGUGUGAUGAAAUUUGGCACACAUGCUCAGGGAUAUGAGUCUAGCUAACCUGUAUGGUUCAUUUUGGCUGCAUAGGGGCACUGUUGGACAGGAAAAAACAUUCAUGCAAGCUCAUUGGCUCAUAGCAGCCAUAUUGUUUCAGUUAGAGUACUGGAAAAUGUUGUGUUGAAAGACAUGGCUAGAUAUUUUAUAUAUACCACAUUUUUUGCCAAUCAGUCUAGCGGUCCUGGAGAAGAAGAAAUGUAAAUAGUCAACAUCAUUGAAAAUUGUCCAAAAUACCUCAAAAGCUAAAUAUUGCAUGACCUGUUCGAUGUGGAGUUCUGAUAUUUGGCAAGCAUGGUAAAUAGUACAGAAGUAGCUCAUCCUAGGGCAAUGUGUCCAAUUUGUCCUGAUGGUGGCACAGUGAGCACACAGCUGAACCCUAGCAACGCUACCUGCGGCUAUAAUUAUAAUUAUUAUUCCUCUUCUUCCAUAAGGCAAAAUUAAAAACGCACAUUCCAGUGAGAUGUUGAGGCCUAGGAGGGUGCAACCUUGCAUGCUGGUAAAGUGCCAUGGGCCACACCUUCACACAUAAUGCCAUGCCAAUUGGCCACAUGGUGGCGCUAUAACAAUCGAUUUAACAGGCAAGCAAAUAUUGCAAGGUCACGCCCCUCACCCCAUGUAAGCUAGAGACCAAAAAAUUGGUACAUAGGUUCCUCUCUUCACAAGGUACAUAUUUUCCUCAAAAACCCAUAGGGUCCGCAAUGAUAAAUCUCUGCCAUUUUGAAUUUUGUGAAAAACACUCAAAACCCUACUCCUCUGGCACCUAAUGACUGAUCUGCACUAAACUUCAUAUAUAGCAUCUAUGGACCAAUAUCUCUCUAUGCAACAUUUUCCAGACUAGUAUCUGAAACAAUAUGGCCGCUAUUGACCAAUAAACAUUAAUGUGGGCGUGGUCUGGCAUAUUAAUGCAUAUAAACCAGACAGGGAUAUUCAUAUUUUAACCUAACAUGAUACACAUGUUCAAAACACUGUCAAGACUGUGGCGCAUCUCUUGAUCUGUUCGCCUCCGAGUCAUGACAUUUGGCACACAUGCCCCUCUACAGCUCAGUUGGUAGGGCAUGGCGUUUGCAACGUCAGGGUUGUGGGUUCGUUUCCCACGGGGGGCCAAUAUGAAAAUGUAUGCACUCACUAACUGUAAGUCGCUCUGGAUAAGAGAGUCUGCUAAAUGACAAAACAUUUAAAUAUAUGGGGUAUGAGUCUAGCUAAUCUGUCAAGUAUGGUUAGUUUAGCCGCAUGGGGGCAUUGUUGGAACGGAAAAAUCAUUCAUACAAGCUCAUUAGAUUAUUGUGGCCAUUAUGUUUGAGCAAGUCUUGGAAAAUAUUGCGUUUGAAGAUGUGCAUUCGUAGAUGCUAUAUACCAAAUUUGGUACUGAUCGGUCUAGCGGUUCUGGAGAAGAAGACGUUUAAAGUAGUCUAUAGCAUAAAAAAAUUGUCCAAAAUAUGCAUAUUGCAUGAUCUGUUUAAUUUUGAAAUGUGAUAUUUGGCAAGCGUGGUAAGGAGUACAGAAGUAGCUCCUCCUAGGGUGAUGUGUCCAAUUUAUUCUGAUGGUGGCACAGUGGGCCUGCAACUUGAACCCUGGCGUUGCUGCUUGCAGCUAUAUUUAUUAUACAUCUUCUUCCGUAAGGCCAAAUUAAAAUGAAAAUUCCUCUGAGAUGAUAAGGCAUAGGAAAAUGCAACCUUGGAUGAUGGAAAAGGGCCAAAGGCGACACCCUCUCAUCCAAUGCCAUGCCAAUUGGCCACAUGGUGGCGCUAUAACAAUAGAUUUAACAUGCAAACUUUAAAAGGUCACACCCCUCACCCGUGUAACCUAGAGUCAUACAAUUCCGUGCUUAGUUCACUCUCCUGACAAGGAACAAAUUUACCUCAAGGACCCAUAAGGUCCGCCAUGAUGGAUUUUCCGCCAUUUUUAAUUUUGCGGAAAACACCUAAAUUACAUCUCUUCUGGAACCACUGGGCCGAUCUGGAUAAAACGUUGAUAUAUAGCAUCUAUGGAGCAAGGUUUCUCAACGCAAUACUUUCCAGAAUAGCAUCUCAAACAACAUGGACACUGUUGACCAAUAAACGUGUAUUUGUAUUUAUUAAGGAUCCCCAUUAGCUGCUGCCACUACUCUACUACUACAUAUCUACAACACAAAAUCCAUGUGUAUGUGUGUGUAGAGUGCGCGGCCUCCGCAAUGGAUUGGUCUCAGCCUCCGGAAUGGAUUAGUUCACUGAGAUGGGUGUGAAUCAGUCAGGUGUCUCGUGUGCCAUAAAUAAAUAUAUAUACUACUGCUCGAAAAAAAAGAAGCUUGGUCGACCAAACAAUCGACCAGUCGACUAGUUUGGCGGGUCAUUUUUGUUUUUGUAUUUUACCCCCUUUUUCUCUCCAAUUUCGAUCUUGUCUCAUCGCUGCAACUCCCCAACGGGCUCGGAAGGUAAAGGUCGAGUCAUGCGUCCUCCGAAACAUGACCCGCCAAACCUGUGCUUCUUAACACCCGCCCGCUUAACCCGGAAGCCAGCUGCACCAAUGUGUGAGGAAACACAGUUCACCUGACGACCGAGGUCAGCCUGCAGGCGCCUGGCCCGCCACAAGGAGUCGCUAGAGCGCGAUGAGCCAAGUAAAGCCCCCUCCGGCCAAACCGUCCCCUAAUCCGGACGACGCUGGGCCAAUUGUGCGCUGCCCUACGGGACUCCCGAUCACGGCCGGUUGUGAUACAGCCCGGGUCUGUAGUGAUGCCUCUAGCACUGCGAUGCAGUGCCUUAUACCGCUGCGCCACUCGGGAGGCCCAACAUUAAUUUGUUUACUGUAAAAUAGCAUUGUAUCUGGUCAAACCAUUUUUUCCAAAAGUUUACUAAGGGUUGGUAACAGGCUGAUUGGUUGGCUACAGUGGCUUGAGAAAGUAUUCACCCCCCUUGGCAUUUUUCCUAUUUUGUUGCCUUACAACCUGGAAUUUAAAUGGAUUUUUUUGGGGGGGUUGUAUCAUUUGAUUUACACAACAUGCCUACCACUUUGAAGAUGCAAAAUAUUUUUUUAUUGUGAAACAAACAAGAAAUAAGACAAAAAAACUGAAAACUUGUGCGUGCAUAACUAUUCACCCCCCCACUACCAAAGUCAAUACUUUGUAGAACCACCUUUUGCAGCAAUUACAGCUGCAAGUCUCUUGGGGUAUGUCUCUAUAAGCUUGGCACAUCUAGCCACUGGGAUUUUUGCCCAUUCUUCAAGGCAAAUCUGCUCCAGUUCCUUCAAGUUGGAUGGGUUCCGCUGGUGUACAGCAAUCUUUAAGUCAUACCAAAGAUUCUCAAUUGGUUUGAGGUCUGGGCUUUGACUAGGCCAUUCCAAGACAUUUAAAUGAUUCCCCUUAAACCACUCAAGUGUUGCUUUAGCAGUAUGCUUAGGGUCAUUGUCCUGCUGGAAGGUAAACCUCCGUCCCAGUCUCAAAUAUCUGGAAGACUGAAACAGGUUUCCCUCAAGAAUGUCCCUGUAUUUAGCGCCAUCCAUCAUUCCUUCAAUUCUGACCUUUCCAGUCCCUGCUGAUGAAAAACCUCCCCACAGUGAAGCAUGGUGGGAUGGUCUUCUCGGGGUGAUGAGAGGUGUUGGGUUUGCGCCAGACAUAGCGUUUUCCUUGAUGGCCAAAAAGCUCAAUUUUUGUCUAAUCUGACCAGAGUACCUUCUUCCAUAUGUUUGGGGAGUCUCCCACAUACCUUUAGGUGAACACCAAAUGUGUUUGCUUAUUUUUUUCUUUAAGCAUUGGCUUUUUUCUGGCCACUCUUCCAUAAAACCCAGCUCUGUGUAGUGUAUGGCUUAAAGUGGUCCUAUGAACAGAAACUCCAAUCUCCACUGUGGAGCUUUGCAGCUCCUUCAGGGUUAUCUUUGGUCUCUUUGUUGCCUCUCUGAUUAAUGCCCUCCUUGCCUGGUCCGUGAGUUUUGGUGGGCAGCCCUCUCUUGGUAAGUUUGUUGUGGUGCCAUAUUCUUUCAAUUUUUUAAUAAUGGAUUUAAUGGUGCUCCGUGGGAUGUUCAAAGUUUCUGAUAUUUUUUUAUAACCCAAUCCUGAUCUGUACUUCUCCACAACUUUGUCCCUGACCUGUUUGGAGAGCUCCUUGGUCUUCAUGGUGCCGUUUGCUUGGUGAUGUCCCUUGCUUAGUGGUGAUGCAGACUUUGGGGCCUUUCAGAACAGGUGUAUAUAUACUGAGAUCAUAUGACACUUAGAUUGCACACAGGUGGACUUUAUUUAACUAAUUAUGUGAUUUCUGAAGGUAAUUGGUUAAACCAGAUCUUAUUUAGGGGCUUCAUAGCAAAGGGGGGGAAUACAUAUGCACGCACCAAUUUUCCGUUAUUUAUUUUGUAGAAUUUUUUUGAAACAAGUUAUUUUUUUCAUUUCACUUCACCAAUGUUGACUAUUUUGUGUAGUAUGCCCAUUACAUGAAAUCCAUUCUUGGGUAGCGGAAUGACUUUUGCGUCCCUCUAGACGUGAGGGCACACACUUUCUUGUAGGCUUAGAUUGAAGAUAUGGCAAAUAGGAGUGGCAAUAUUGUCCGCUAUUAUCCUCAGUAAUUUUCCAUCCAAGAUAUCAUACCCUGGUGGCUUGUCAUUGUUGAUAGACAACAAUAUUUAUUUCACCUCUUCCACACUCACUUUACGGAAUUCAAAAUUACAAUGCUUGUCUUUCGUCAUUUGGUCAGUUAUACUUGUAUGUGUAGGGUUGGCAUUUGUUGCUAUCAUUUCAUGCCUAAGUUUGCUAAUCUUCUUAAUUUAUAAUGUAGUUGGCAAUAUUAAUGGGUUUCGUGAUCACAGAUCUCCUCAUCUGCAUAAUGACAAAGCAAAAACUGGUUUUUAUAAUUUUUUGGCACAUUUAUAUUUAAAAAGAAAUUGAAAUAUCACAUUUACAUAAGUAUUCAGACCCUUUACUCAGUACUUUGUUUACGCACCUUUGGCAGUGAUUACAGCCUUGAGUCUUCUUGGGUAUGACGCUACAAGCUUAGCAAACCUGUAUUUGGGGAGUUUCUCCCAUUCUUCUCUGCAGAUUCUCUCAAACUUGAACCCGAUCGAACAUCUUAGGAGAGACAUGAAAAUAGCUGUGCAGUAACGCUUCGUUGGGCCAAUCAAGGACAUUAACAGACUUUUCCCGAAGCCACUCCUGCGUUGUCUUGGCUGUGUGCUUAGGGUCCUUGUCCUGUUGUAAGGUGACCUUCGCCCCAGUCUGAGGUCCUGAGCGCUCUGGUGCAGGUUUUCAUCAAGGAUCUCUAUGUACUUUGCUCCGUUCAUCUUUCCCUCAAGCCUGACUAGUCUCCAAUCUCCACAGAGGAACUCUAGAGCUCUGUCAGAGUGACAAUCGGGUUCUUGGUCACCUCCCUGACCAAGGCCCUUCUCCCCAGAUUGCUCAGUUUGACUGGGCGGCCAGCUCUAUGAAGAGUCUUGGUGGUUCCAAACUUCUUCCAUUUAAGAAUGAUGUGUUCUUGAGGACCUUCAAUGCUGCAGAAAUGUUUUGGUACCCUUCCCCAGAUCUGUGCCUUGACACAAUCCUGUCUCGGAGCUCUACGGACAAUUCCUUCAUCCUUAUGGCUUGUUUUUUGCUCUGACAUGCACUGUCAACUGUGGGACCUUAUAUAGACAGGUGUGUGCCUUUCCAAAUCAUGUCCAAUCAAUUGAAUUUACCACAGGUGGACUCCAAUCAAGUUGUAGAAACAUCUCAACUGUAGCUCAGUUGGUAGAGCAUGGCGCUUACAACGCCAGGGUUGUGGGUUCGUUUCCCACGGGGGGCCAGUAUGAAAAUGUAUGCACUCACUAAUUGUAAGUCGCUCUGGAUAAGAGCGUCUGCUAAAUGACUAAAAUGUUUAAAAAAUGAUCAAUGGAAACAGUAUGCGCCUGAGCUCAAUUUCGAGUCUCAUAGCAAAGGGUCUGAAUACUUAUUUAAAUAAUUUUUUUUGUUUUUUUGCAACAAUUUCUAAAAACCUGUUUUUGCUUUUUCAUUAUGGGGUAUUGUGUGUAGAUUGAUGAGGGGGGAAAUAUAAUUCAAUCCAUUUUAGAAUAAGGCUGUAACGUAACAGAAUGUGGAAAAGGGGAAGAGGUCUGAAUACUUUCUGAAUGUACUGCCCGAUAAUUACUCCUCUGUUUUAUAGGGGUGCAUGAUUGGAAAUGUAUCAUUUUGUACCAAGCAAGUACUGUUAUCGACCUUGUUAUAUACGGUGUAAUUACUUGACAUAAGUACAAUUAAGUACCAGACCAAAACACCAGAGUAAAGCCUAAAUACACAUUUCCAUGCCACAAGAAUGGACGAUAUAGUUUUGUUUUUUAAAAUUAAUAAACCAUGUCCUAAAACAGUGGGUGUAACCCAACCAGAUCUUCAUGCAUACUGUGUAUGAAACAGUACAUAGUGAAACACAUUAACCAUCCUGGUUUCGUAACCAUGCCUGUCUGUCUCGCUGUCCCGGCCUCUGCAGAAAGCCUAUAAAGCGUCUGGGGACGAGAUGAGGUCGGCAGGCUACGACCUGAAGCUGGAUGCUAUUCCCUUCCAGACGGCCAAGGCUUCCAGGAAUAUCGCCAGUGAC